UCUAAAAUAAGUAAGUAUAUUGUUUUUUCCCAUCUUGUAAAUCAACAUAUUAAAUAAGCUGAUUUCACACACAUAUUUGGAAUUUUAAACGAUACAUUUAUUUUCUAAUAAUUAAAAAAUCGUUUUCUGUUAAAAAUUAUAUAACAUAGAUUAUUUAACUUUUUAAAAUAUUUAAAAUGUGAAGCUUCAAAAAAGCAUUCACAGUGAGUUUAAUGUAAAAAAAUACUCGAACUUUUUACGCACAUUUUUAGUUAUCUGUGCAUUGUCGGUAAUUAUUGUAAAACAAAAUAUUGUUUAGAAUAUUUAGAUAUCAUUUUUUAACAUUUUUAACAUUUAGAUAUCAUUUGAAAUCGUAGAAAGAAAGAUCUAUGGGGAAGGCCGAGUCUCUUCUAGUCUGAGCGCAUGUGCGCGCGUCGCGAAUAGUAGAUAGUUCGUACUGUUCUUUACGGAACUAAACUUCGGACGCUACGCUUUCCCCAAUUACUUCCUCAUAUACUUAAUUUUAUUUAUAAUAACAAAUAUAUCAUCGACUUCUUUACAAGUAUAAAAAUGUGUGAAAUAAAUUAUAGCUAUGAUAAUUGCAAAUAUGUGUGUUAUGUAUUUAUAUUUAAUGUGAGUGACGUGUGAAAUCAUAGUUCCUUUAUAUAUAUUUUUCAAAAUACGUGCAAAUCAUAAGAAGAUUUAUAAUUAUCGGCCAUGGCAAAAUUUUUGGCGACCAUUAAGGCAAUAAUAACGCGUUUGGUAUUUGCAUCGCACGGUUUUAUCGCUAUCUGGCAAGUAACAACUUUCAAGAAAAAUCCAUAUUUCUGGUACCUGAGCUGUCCCAUCUUGUUGCUGUUCUUCGAGGGUAUUUUCACGCUCACUAUAAAGGAAAAUCAGGAAUGGAAAUGGUUUUGCCCAUCCGUAUUUUUAUAUCUUAGUAGCGUGGUACCUGCAAUCUGGUUGCUAGAACUCGAUAAAGUAGACAAGAGACUGAAAUCUCGCGGAUCGAACAUCAACAUAUCCGAGAAUUUUGAUUUAUCCAAUCUGGCGGCUAGCGAUUUGAAACAUCUGGAAGAAGCUUUAGGCGUGGAUAUUCAAUUGCCGGAUAUAAAGAUUUCCACAGAAACAUGGGUCACUCUGAUCGAACAGUUUUUAAUGCUGGUUCUGAUAAUCGGCCGAUGGAUGUUGCCGAAAGGUGACUUGACUCGAGAUCAGCUAAGCCAGCUGCUGUUGGUCUACAUUGGUACCGCAGCUGACAUCAUCGAGUUCUUCGAUUCCUUCAAGGAAGACAGGAUAGCAAGGGAGCCCGUACUCGUAUACCUGACUUUGGGUAUCUGGGCAUGGUCACUGAUGCAGUUCACGGUUGUGCUGACCGCUACCAAGUCGAGGAAGUCCCGAUUGUCGUCCGGCGUCGCCAGGAAGAAAGUCCGAACGGAAACCAGUUGCUGCAGCAUCGAUGUAUGGGGAAUCGCUUUGAACAUGGUUCUUCAAGACGGACCGUUUCUGGCAUUUCGUUUGAUAUUGAUAAUUCAUUAUCAGAUAGUUAGUUACAUGAAUAUAUUCUUCACGUGUAAGAACACAUUAGUGAUACUGCUACAAUUGUAUCGACUCUACGUAGUACAAACCGAAAACAAGAGCAAACGGAAUAAGAAAUAUAAUAAAAUGGAUGUAUCGAAUAUCAGUAUUAUUUCCCGAGGUGACAUAUACAAAGACGUGAGAAUAAAAAGUUCGCGAGAUCAUAACAGACAUAAGAGUCGACGUGAUAAGGACAUAGAAGCAAAUUACAGUGAGACUGAAGACUCCAGAGAAGAUAUCGAUAAAUUUGAUUCAUCACCAAGACAUGUCACUCGUUCCAAACGAAAAAAUCGUCAAGACACUGGAUACUCGACAUCGAGCUCUCGCAAUUCUAACAAACACGACAAAUUACAUAAGCGUGAGGGAAAGAAAAAAUCGCGUAGGGAGGAAACCAGACGUGGCACUUCUGACGAGAGGCAUAAAAGACGAGGGGACAGAAAAUCUGUUGACAAAAACGAAAGGAAAUCGAUGAAAACUAAGAAUAAUGAUGAUUCCGAUAAAAGCUCUAAUCGAAAGUUCGAUAGUGAGGAUGAGUCUUCGAGCGAAGAGCUGACCGAAAGUAAAAUUAUCAGCGAAGGCAGCGAAUCGGAAUCAAAUAGAAAGAGUUCUCGUAAGUAUACGCAUCGAAAACGCAAACAAGACAGAGAUUGACAACGGAAUUUGGGCAUCCUGGCAUUAUUAUUUAUUUAUUCUGCAAUACUAGUCAUUUACAUCCUUUUUAUACAGGCUGGAAUUAAU